AUGGCUGAGGCAUCUUCGAGCGCCAGGCCUAUAACGCCUCCCCGCUCAGAGGGUUCAGUAUCGGCACUACCACUGACACCUGAACAUGUCAGGCGCGUAGAGAUCAAUCGACUUCUCGCGAAGGCUAAGCAGCGCGAAAGAGAACAAGACGCCUCUUCAUCAUCCAUACCAAAUGCGAACAACAAGCGGCCUAUAGGCGUCGUACCUGCAUCGUCAAAUUCGCCGACUGCACCGCAGUCUUCGCGGCCACUGCAGCGGGAUUCACGGCUUGGGAAGUAUUUCGAAUAUGAUCUGUCUAAGAUGGCGAACUCGAAGGGUGGGUUCUUGAUUGAGGACGACAAAGAGGUAGACGAAGACUUGAGGAGGAAGGAGAAACAGCGGGAGAAACAGCGGGCCCAGCAGACCCUGGACCUUCCAAUAUUCCUGGACCCCAAGCUUAACCCGAAAUGCAAAGAGUGCGGAUCAAUAGACAUUGAUCAAACAUACAAGAAGAUCUUCGGUUGUCUCGUGUGUAAUAAAUGCAAGAAUGACAGGCCAGAGAAGUACAGCUUGUUGACGAAGACAGAAUGUAAAGAGGAUUACCUCUUGACAGAUGCGGAACUCCGAGACCAAGAGCUCCUUCCGCACUUGUUGAAGGCUAACCCCCACAAGUCGACAUAUGCGAACAUGAUGCUGUUCCUCCGGUGCCAAGUGGAAGACUUUGCCUGGAAGAAAUGGGGCUCCCCGGAAGCCUUGGAUGCGGAAUGGGAACGGAGGGAAAAAGAGAAGAAGAAGAAGAAAAACAAGAAGUUCGAGCAGGGUCUUAAGGAGCUAAGACGUCGGACGCGCGAGGGGGUAUGGCAGAAGCGCAAGGACGCAGAGCACAAGCAUGUAUUUGGUGUCGUCGAGAAGGGCCCCGACGGUGUAGGCAAGCAAAUGGCCGAAGGACAAGCAGAACAUGAGCAGAUCUCGACGGCCCUGGACGUGGAACAGAUAGACGUGAAUCUGUUCCGAUCCAAGUCCCUUUGGCUUCCCGUCCGCGCUCGGGGCGUGUUUGGUGGACAGGUUAUCUCCCAGGCAGUCGUCUCCGCAACGAACUGCGUGAAUCCUGCUUUCACUUUACACUGUUAUUUUCUGACGAGCGCGUCCCCUGCUGUCCCCAUACUGUACUACGUUGAGCGUCUCCGGGAGGGGCGGUCAUAUACGACCCGAUCCGUGAAGGCAGCGCAAAAUGGAAAGAUAGUCUUCAUCCUCCUCUGCUCGUUCCAGAAGCCCGAACCAUGGCAGCCCGAACACCAAUGGCCCAUGCCAUCCGUGCCGGCCCCCGAAGAGUGUGAAUUGGAGGAAGACCGAUACCUCAAGGAUGCGAACGGGGCGUCGAACGAGAAAGUAAAGAACAUCCUAUUGGAAUACCGUGAAGAAAGAAUGAAGAGCCCCAUAGAAGUUAGGAGCGUCGGAGCUCGCUCGACGGGGCAUGGUACGACCAUCUAUAUGCACUGGAUGAGGGCCAAGAAGGUUCCUAAACGUGAUGCUCCAUAUCAAAAAGCAAUCCUCGGCUAUAUGUCUGACCUAUUAUUCAUCGGUGCAUCCGCCAAUACGCUUGGUCUGAAACGUUUAUCGAGGGGACCUGAUGCGUUGGCCAUGAUGGUGAGUCCUAUUGCUUACCGUAAUGGCGACGAUUUCAGCUGCGAUGACUGGUUGCUAUACGUUGUCACCUCACCGCGGACAGGCUCUGGGCGUGGUGUGGUACACGGACAAAUGUACACCCGAGACGGCAAGCUAGUCGCUGUUAUGGGCCAGGAGGGUGUAGUCCGCGCGGACCGACGGCCACCAGCAAAUGAGACGAAGGCGAAAUUAUAA